CCCUCGCUCUCUCUCUCUCUCUCUCUCUGUCUCUGUCUCUGUCUCAAUCUUUCGUGGCCCCCCCGGGGGAGAGGAGACAGCCCCAGACAUGGCUUCGGACGGGAGCGUUACCGCCAUCGGCCUCCUGCUGUUCACCGCCUUCACCCAAGGUUUUUCAGUGUUCCUGUCAGGUCAUUUUGGGAUGUUGGAUCGCUCGUAUUCGAUCAACACGACCGCGGGCCAGCGGGUCACCCUGCCCUGCCUGCAGGAAAAAGAGCACAACCUCAACAUCCUGCAGAUCGAGUGGAAGAAGAUGGAGGGACGCGCGGAAGUGAAGAUCGCCAUCUGCAACCCUGCGUACGGACCGCCGAACCUCUACUGGACAAACGUCUCUGUGAGUGUGGAGACGUCCGGGAGUAAGCUGAAGGGGUCCGUCCUGGAGCUCUCGGAAGUGAGCGUGUGGGACAGCGGGAUUUACGUUUGCGAGCUCACCACCUUCCCCCACGGGACGGUCAAAGCCAAGACCAGCCUGACGGUCACAGGUCAUUUUGGGAUGUUGGAUCGCUCGUAUUCGAUCAACACGACCGUGGGCCAGCGGGUCACCCUGCCCUGCCUGCAGGAAAAAGAGCACAACCUCAACAUCCUGCAGAUCGAGUGGAAGAAGAUGGAGGGACGCGCGGAAGUGAAGAUCGCCAUCUGCAACCCUGCGUACGGACCGCCGAACCUCUACUGGACAAACGUCUCUGUGAGUGUGGAGACGUCCGGGAGUAAGCUGAAGGGGUCCGUCCUGGAGCUCUCGGAAGUGAGCGUGUGGGACAGCGGGAUUUACGUUUGCGAGCUCACCACCUUCCCCCACGGGACGGUCAAAGCCAAGACCAGCCUGACGGUCACAGGUUUUUCAGUGUUCCUGUCAGGUCAUUUUGGGAUGUUGGAUCGCUCGUAUUCGAUCAACACGACCGCGGGCCAGCGGGUCACCCUGCCCUGCCUGCAGGAUAAAGAGCACAACCUCAACAUCCUGCAGAUCGAGUGGAAGAAGAUGGAGGGACGCGCGGAAGUGAAGAUCGCCAUCUGCAACCCUGCGUACGGACCGCCGAACCUCUACUGGACAAACGUCUCUGUGAGUGUGGAGACGUCCGGGAGUAAGCUGAAGGGGUCCGUCCUGGAGCUCUCGGAAGUGAGCGUGUGGGACAGCGGGAUUUACGUUUGCGAGCUCACCACCUUCCCCCACGGGACGGUCAAAGCCAAGACCAGCCUGACGGUCACAGAUGCGCCGGUCUCUGCCAGGGUGGUGUGGCCAAAUCGGGUUGUGAGAGAGGGGGACGAUGUGACCAUCCUCUGCACCAGUACCCCUCCUGCCAGCUCUUACUUCCUCUGGCCCUCCCAGAAUAAAUCCUCCAUCUUAAAAAGCGAGGAUGGAAGAUUCACGCUGCCCAACGUGACGAGAGACGACAGCAACCUGUACAUCUGCCAGCCCUCUGACCUGUCCUUUCAUCACUACAGCGCCACCGUCAACGUUACAGUCAACUAUCUUGAUGAAAUUGAAUGCGACACCCUCCGCAGUGUUGAGGUUACUGCUGGCCAGAAUGUCACAGUUACCUGUGCAGCCAAUGCAUCCCAGAAUUCCCAGUACACCUGGAGAAAGGGCGACGUGACGGUUUCCACGUCCGGUUCUCUGCAUCUCUGGCCAGUGAGCCGCGAGCAGGCCGGGGUGUACGUGUUGACCGUUGUGGUCAACGCCACAGGUCUCCAGCGCCAGACGGAGUUCAACAUAACCGUGCGGAGAGAUUCUGGAGACCUCACGCCAAGCACGGCCCCUCCCACCUCCACCGCAACCAGUGGGAACAGCCAUGGCGUCACCCGCUGGAGCACUGCCGUAUCCACGGCAACGGAAGAAAGCUUGGCCAGCAGCGUCCCUUCCCCAUCAUCGCCGGCGCGGACCGCUAGCUCCAGCGCGCCGCAGCGCGAUGCCACCACCGGCGCUGCUCGUCUCUUCAGCACCGGUCACGCUGGUCCUUUAAACGCUACGCUGCCUCCGUUCGAAAAUAACGGCACCGAAAAUGCCUCGAGCCCGGGACAGCCCACAGCCACCGCGAGAUACGGAACCAGCGUUACCGCCACGACCCGCCUUUCAAACAGCAGCCGCAACGUCACCUCCGACCUUGGUGUGAGCCAGACAGGACCCAGAGGCAGUGGACGGUAUGUGGUGUUCAUAGUGGUGCCCAUCCUCCUCCUGCUCUUAGUGAUUCUGUUCCUGUACGGGAGAAACGUGGUCCAGCGCAGGACGGACAUGCCGCCCCCCUUCAAGCCCCCUCCUCCCCCCGUGAAAUACACAUCCAUCAAAACCCAGGACGCCUGCGUCACGAUACAGCAGCCCUGCGACAACAGGAAUGUUGGCUACAGGAAGUGACAUCAGAGUUUCCUCGGGAAGCAGGGCGUGUGGAGAUUACCGCCCCUGACCUUGGUCUUUAGCCAAGAUAUGGACGUUACCACUGACAACCCCUUAACAUAGGACUAAUGGUGUAUGAAAAGAGUGCUGCCUGUAAUAAAUCCCAUAUAAAGGGUUAGUAACCAUUUAUUACAAUCCAUAUAAGCAGUUAUUGAGUCAUUAAUAAGCCCUCAUGCAUAAAGUGUUACAAAUAUGCGUUUUUUUCCUCUGUAAAUAAUCUCUUUGUUUAGUUUUUAAUUUUAGUUACACUGCAGUGAACUGUUUAACAUUUUAGCAUUUUAAUAAAGAUACUAUUUUUACAAAUGUAAAUGCUAUA